AUGCAACUCUUGAGCUAUUUUGUAGUUGGUUUGACAUUGGGAAGUGCCUCUGAUGCUUCACUCCACCGAGUCCUCGUGGAAUUGGGUCUUCCGGAGCAUCAAGCGGAGGAGGCGUUGAAGCAGGGCUGCGCUGCAGAGGGUGUCCGAUGCAAUGCUCAAGGGCAUCUGGUGAGCCUGGCCCUCCCAAAUCGCAGUCUUCGAGGGCGACUUUCGAAGGAAGUGGGAGAGCUUCAGUGGUUGCAAAAGCUUGACCUAAGAGCCAACCAGCUAAAGGGCGAAAUUCCCAAGGAACUUGGUCAGCUUGAGGCUCUUGAGGAGCUGGACAUGUCCGGCAAUCUGCUGAAUGGCCAUGUUCCCAAAGAACUUGGCCGACUGAAAUAUCUCUGCGAGCUUCACCUCAACAACAACAGCCUCAAUGGUGACAUUCCGAUGGAGCUCAGCCAGCUCCAGUCCUUGCGCGUUUUGGGCCUUGAGGGGAAUCAACUGUCGGGCAACAUUCCCAGAGAGUUUCGGCAACUUCAACUUCUAAGGGUCUUGGAUCUGUCGGGCAACCAGCUGGAUGGCGAGAUUCCCAAAGAGCUUGGUCAGUUGCAGGCUCUGGAAGAGCUGCAUUUGACGCGGAACCAGUUGACGGGGGAUGGUCGAAGCAUUUCAGUCCUGAUGAACUCCAACGUGUGUCUAGAAGUAUUGGAUCUCAGCUACAACCUCUUGAGCGGAGAGCUGGAUGUAGACGUGUCCGUGGAGGCAGUCAGGGAGCUCCAACACCUGGAUCUGAGCCACAAUAAGUUUGUGGGUGACAUCUCAAGGCUAGUAGACCCAUUCUGCAAAUCGAAUCCUGUGGGAGGAUCACUACAAGAACUUCGCCUCAAUCACAAUGAACUCACAGGAGAGGUGCCACUGUGCUUGAUGCAGUUCCAGAAGUUGAACUUCCUUGCCUUAAAUAACAACUGGUUGCAAGGCUCACUUCCAGAAGUUAACGCCUCAGAACUGGUUGUCCUGUCUUUGCACAAGAACAAGUUGUCCGGUGUUCUUCCCAAAAGCCUUCACCAACUGAGUCGCCUCGGUGUGUUGACCCUGCACAAGAAUUCCAUGAGGGGGUCCAUCGGUGGCCUGCGCUUAAGUUCCGCGCAGUGUAUGGACAAUUCCAAGUUCCGGAUGGAGGGGCUCCGGUGUGAGGGAUGGAGACGAUCCUUCGAAGGCUUGCAGUCGGAGGAAGUGGCGGAAGUGGUGGAAGUGGAUCGCCUCCGGCAACUGGAAGCUAACUGCCCUACGUUAUUUGGAUGUUUAAGGAGCGAGGGUACGGCAUUCAUCACGUUACACCGCAAUCGCUUCUCCUGUGCAGUGCCCAAGAACAUUGCCACGGGCAAGGUGACCGUGGUGGGUCUGGUCAUCAUGGGAAACAUGCUGGGGGUGGGGCAAGAGCUGAAUUCAUCUUGGAUCCAAGCUGAGGAGAAGCAAUCCUUUCUCUACUACUCGCGGGAAGUCGAAAAGUCCAACUUCUAUGUGCUUUGCGGCUUUGUGGUUUUGCUCUUCUUUGCUGCUUUGUGUUAUCCACAACGGAGGAGGCUUCACCAAGCCUCGCGAAACUUGGAUUUCGACAGCACUGCUUGCAUUGCAUCAUCCAGCUUUGCAUUGCAAGAAAGCGAGAUGGAGGUCAAUGAGUUUGAGAUGUCUGAGGUGCGUCGAUCGCCCGAGGCUUCCGUGGGCGACGUGGCGUGUCCCGAGAUGGAAAGGGAUUUGGGGCAUUGUGACUGGUGUGCGUUUCUUUGCCAAGUGUGUGGCUGGUGGGAGACUCACAAGGCAUGUGUGAACUUGAACCACUUCAUCACCCGCGUGGUCUUCGGCUUCGCGAGUUUCCCUGGAAGCGAGGCGGAGGUGGUGGCAAAGAACCCCUGCUCUGCGAAAGGUUUUUCUUGCAAUGCAAGAGGGCAAAUCACAAGGCUGGAGCUCUUCUUGAAGAAUCUUGGAGGGAAACUCCCCAAAGAGCUCUGCGAAUUUGAUGCUCUGUAUCACCUAGACCUUGAUGACAACCAGCUCACGGGUGAGAUUCCUAAGGAACUUGGCCAGCUCAAGACACUGGAAGUGCUUUCCUUGAAAAGAAACAAACUGAGCGGCAAGAUCCCGAAGGAGCUUGGCCAGAUGCGCGCAAUGCGCAAGCUGCACUUGAGUUUCAAUCAGCUUGAUGGGGAAGUCCCCGAGGAGCUCGGCCAGAUUCCGCAGCUGGAAAUUCUUCACCUAAACGACAAUCGUUUGACAGGCCACAUUUCCAAGGAACUCGGCAAGCUCUCAGUCUUGCGAUUCUUGAGCUUUGCUAGCAACCAGCUGACAGGGCCAAUUCCCAGAGAGCUUGGCGGCUUGCGAUUUUUGGAGUCCCUUCUCUUGCAGGAAAACCAACUGACCGGCCACAUUCCCCUACAGCUGGGUCAUCUUCACCUCUUGCAAAGAUUAGACUUGUCAGACAACCAGAUUAGUGGCACAAUCCCCAAGGAGCUGGGCAACCUGUUUUUUCUGAGAUUUUUGCUUUUGAACAACAAUCAGCUUGAGGGGGACAUUCCCAAAGAAUUUGGACGGCUCAAGAAUUUGCUAUAUCUUCAGCUCAACCGGAAUCGCUUGAGGGGCCAAAUUCCAAAAGAGCUGGGUGAGCUCUCGCAGUUGCACAGUGUGGAUCUUUUUGGCAACCAAUUGAAUGGUGAGAUUCCCAGGGAGCUUGGUCAGCUGCAAGCUUUGGAGACACUGGAUCUUUCUCAGAAUUGGCUGAAGGGCGAAAUCCCCAAGGAGUUUGAUCAGCUCCGGGCAUUGGAAAAACUGGAACUGUCAAGCAAUCAGCUGAAGGGCGAGUUGCCUAACCUGAAGUCACUGGACAUGUUGGCAGAGCUUUUGCUGUCACGCAAUUUGUUCACCGGGACAGGACAUGACAUUGAAGGUCUAUUCUCCCUGAUGCGAUUGAAGGUCUUGGAUCUCAGUCACAACUCUUUUAGUGGAGAGCUCAACCUGCAACUGUCUUUGGAGUCUGAGGAGCUUCGGCGUGUGGAUUUGAGCCACAAUCAGCUGUCAGGUGACAUCUCAAGGUUUGUGGAGCCAUUUUGCAAGUUGAAUCCUGUCGGGGGAUCACUACAAGAGCUUCGCCUCAACCACAACGAGUUCAAUGGUCGCGCCAAGUACACAGGCUCAGUGGCAGGCUUGGAAGCUCAGGUGGAGGUGAAGGAGCCUGAAAGCCCAGCCGAGGGCGGCUCUCAGCCGGAUGCCGUCCACAAGGUGCUUGCAGAGCUGGGUUUCCCUGAAGUUGAUCUGGAAGUUCAGAAGCUGUGCUCCCUGGAGGGCUUCAGCUGCGAUGCGCACCAGCGGCUCGUCCGCCUGGACCUGUCGCUUCGGGACCUUCGGGGGCGACUCCCCAAGGAGCUGGGCGAGCUUGAGGCGCUCGAAGAGCUGGACCUGAUGGGCAACCAGCUGAAAGGUGAGAUUCCCAAGGAGCUUGGCCAGCUUAAGAAACUCAGAGAGUUGGAGCUUUCGAAGAACCAGCUGAAUGGCCCAAUCCCUCAUGAGCUUGGGCAGCUCCAUUUGUUAGAACGGCUUUUGUUGGGUCAGAAUGAGCUCGUGGGUGAAAUCCCUUCUGAGCUUGGCCAACUGGAGCUGUUGGAGGAACUGACUUUGGCGCGAAACCAACUUGAAGGUUCCAUUCCUCCAGAGCUUGGCAGGCUCACGGCCUUGGAGGUCUUGGAUUUGUCUCAGAAUCGGCUGACAGGCCCAGUGCCGGAGGAGCUCUGUGAACUUCAGACUCUUGAUUGGUUAGACCUCUCGCAGAAUCAGCUGGCUGGCGAGCUUCCAGCUUCACUGGGCCAGCUGGAGAGCUUAGAGAAGUUGGAUUUGUCUGAGAAUCACUUUCAGGGCCCAAUCCCUGCAGAUCUGGGCCAUCUCUCCUCCCUUGUCAUGCUUGACUUGCUGGGCAAUCGGCUUUCAGGGUCGAUUCCACCCGAGCUGCGCGGCUUGCGCCUGUUGCGCGUGCUGAGCCUCGCAGAGAACCAGCUGACGGGGGAGAUCCCGUGGCAGCUGUCAGAGCUGAUGAACUUGGAAGUGCUGAGCUUGGAGAAAAAUCACUUGGUGGGUGAGAUUCCCCCGCAGCUGGGCCAGCUCAAGUCCUUGAAGCUACUGCACCUGAGUUGGAAUCAGCUAGUGGGUGAACUCCCUGGGGAAAUUUCAGAGCUGGAGUCUUUGGAAGAGCUGGCACUGGCUGAAAACCAGCUGGGAGGUGCCAAAUCCUUGGCUUCUUUUUGGACGCUGCCACAUCUUCAAGUUUUAGAUCUCAGCCACAAUUCCUUCAGUGGAGAGCUCGGGUGGGGAAACCAGCAGCACGAAGCCGCGAGUCGCUCCAAGUCGAAGCUCCGGCAUCUGGAUCUGAGCCACAACCAAUUUCACGGCAGUCUCUUUGGACUGGCAGAGGUUUUUUGCGCCAGCCCUGUGGGUGGUGUCUUGCAAGAGCUUCGGCUCAACCACAACGACUUCACAGGGGAUGUGCCAGCAUGUUUGAUGCAAUUUCGCCGUUUGACUCUACUGACGCUCAACAAUAACCAUUUGCAGGGCUCACUUCCGGACGUGAAUGCCACGGACCUGGUGGUUUUAGCCUUGCACCAGAACCACUUGUCUGGUGUGCUUCCCAGCCUUCACCAGCUACAGCACCUGGGUGUGUUGACGUUGCACGAGAACUCCAUCGGGGGUUCCAUCAGUGACUUGAGCUUAAGUGCCAUUUGUAUGGACAACUCUAAGUUCCGCAUGGAGGGAAGGGGCUGCAAGGAGCUCAAGAUGAUGAAGAGUUGGUUCAAAUACUCCGAGGAGCAGAAAAACACCUCGUCUCUCGAUCAUAUUUUCAUGGAGCAAGUGCAGCGCAUUGAGAGCAACUGCCCCAGCUGGAUUGGUUGCCCCAGCACCGGACGCGCGAACGUCACCUUGCACCGAAACCGCUUCUCCUGCAGCGUGCCGGAGCGCCUGGGGAAUGUGAGUGUGAUCGGCUUAGUGAUCAUGGGCAAUAUGCUGGGCUUGGGGCGCGAGCUGAACUCCUCUUGGAUUCUACCAGAAGAGCAGCAGUCCUUUCUGUACUACUCCUACGAGGUUUGGACAUCCAACAUCUAUGCCUUGGGAGGUUUUCUCCUGCUGCUCUUCUUCGUGCUCUUGUGCCAUUUACCGCAGCGGCGGCGGGUGCAGGAGACAUCACGGAACCUGGACGUGAGCACCACAGCUCGAGUGGUUUCUUCAAACCUGGCCUUGUUGAAAGCAGCCCGUGCGGUCUUUCUGCUCGCCAGCCCGCUGUUGAUGCUUUUUUUGGUGCAGCGGAAGAUACUACGAAUGCAGCCCGCCCCUGUGGCAAACCACCGCUGCAAACUUCAAAGCUGA